AUGUCUUCCUCGGACCCAUCAUGCCAUACCAUCGUCUUUGAGAGCAGCGCAGAAGUGCCAUCUCCCUCAGAGCUGCGGUCUGCCCUGGAAAAGGGCUCCGACGAGCUCAAAAUUGACACGUUGCGGAAGAUCAUCGUGUCCACUAUCAAUGGCAAUGCAUUGCCAACGUUAAUGAUGCCGAUAAUCCAAUUCGUUAUGCCUUCACGGAACAAGCAAUUAAAGAAAUUGCUGCACUUUUACUGGGAGGUGUGCCCCAAGUAUGAUGACAACGGGAAGCUGAAGCAGGAGAUGAUUCUCGUCGUAAACGCAAUCCGGAAUGACCUGCAACACCCCAACGAAUAUAUCCGCGGUGCAAGCCUCCGUUUCCUCCAGAAGAUCGCGAAGGAUGCUGAACUCCUGGAACCCCUUAUCCCUACCUGCCGCUCUUGUCUCGAGCACCGACACUCGUACGUUCGCAAAAACGCCGUCUUCGCCCUGUAUUCCAUCUACCGAGAGUUCGAAAACCUGAUACCCGACGCGGCGGAGCUCAUGUACACCUUCCUCAUCGCGGAGAGCGACUCCUCCUGCAAACGCAAUGCUUUCGUCUUCCUCGCGCAUUGCGCCAUGCCCAAAGCCGUUGAAUACAUCCUGAGCAUAUACGACACCAUCGGCACACUAGAUGAAGCCUUGCAAAUGAGCAUAAUCGAGAUUAUCCGUCUGGAUUGCAAGAAUGACUCUGCCCAUCGCUCUCGGUACAUCCGAUGCAUUUUCGAGCUCCUUAACGCGUCCUCACAUGCCGUCAAGUACGAAGCUGCCACUACGCUCACGACCCUUACCCAAAACCCUGCUGCUGUUAAGGCUGCUGCGUCUUGCCUUAUCAAUCUCGUCAUCAAGGAAUCCGACAACAACGUGAAACUCAUCGUCCUAGACCGACUGGAGAAUCUGCGCGCCAAGCAUGGUCAUGUUCUCGACGGUCUCAUCAUGGAUGUGCUACAGGUCUUGUCAAGUGCCGAUAUGGAGGUUCGCAGGAAGGCGAUUGGCAUCGUUCUGAGUAUGACUUCAAGCCGGAACGUCGAAGAGGUGGUGUUAUUCCUGAAGAAGCAGCUGCAGAAAACACAAGAGGCCGACUUUGAGAAGGCACCUGAAUACCGACAACUGCUUAUCCAGUCUAUCCAUGUCACCGCGAUCAAGUUCUCUGAGGUUGCGGCCAGCGUCGUCCAUGCCCUGAUGGAUUUCCUCGGAGAUUCAAACAACCCUUCCGCGCUCGACGUCGUCGCAUUCGUCAGGGAGGUCGUCGAGAAAUUCCCCCAUCUCCGCGCAGCCAUCUGCGAGAAACUCAUCUCAACUCUCUCCGACAUCAAGUCCGGCAAAGUUUUCCGGGGCGUCCUCUGGAUCCUUGGCGAAUACGUCGAGUCUCUACCCGAUAUCCAGGUCGCGAUGCGUGAAAUUAGGAAGGUCCUCGGCGAGAUCCCGAUUCUGGCAUCAGAGCAACGGCUGUUGGACGAGGCAGGUGGUGACGGAGAGGGCGAAGAAGAGAAGGAGAAGGAGAAGCCGAAGGAGCCCAGCAGUCGGCCGAAGGUCCUCGCGGAUGGAACGUAUGCGACGGAGACGGCAUAUACGAGCGCGAGUACGGCGAGGUUAGAGGCUGUUAAGGCUGCUGCGAAGCCGCCAUUGAGGACACUGAUCCUCGGCGGAGACUUCUUCACUGGUGCUGUUUUGGCUGCUGCCCUUACUAAGCUUGUCCUCCGAUUCGGUGAGAAGACAACAGAUAAAGUGGCUUCGAACUCUCUUCGUGCUGAGUCGAUGCUUAUAAUGGCCUCGAUCAUCCGCGUUGGUCAAUCCAAAUUUGUGAAUGUUCAAAUCGACGAAGAUUCGAAUGAACGCAUCAUGAACUGCAUCCAAACUCUGAGCGAACUCAAGUCAGAGCCUGCAGUCCACGAAGUGUUCUUGCAAGACACAAAGACCGCGUUCUCGAAGAUGCUUGGUGCACAGGAGAAACGGGCAGCGGAAAAGAAGGAAGCCGAGACCACGAAGGCUGUUGCCGUCCAAGUCGACGACCUCCUCUCGUUCAGACAGUUCUCAAAGAAGACGGCGGACGAAGCCAUAGAUUACGAUGAGGACGUUGGUCGUGCUACCGGUGCAGGGGAGGUGCAGGAGGACUUCAUGUCGAGCCUGAGCCGGAUCUCACAGCUUACCGGUUUCUCAGACCCUAUAUAUGCGGAGGCAUACGUCAAGAUGCAUGGCUUCGACAUUCUUCUGGACGUCCUACUAGUUAACCAAACGCCAAACACGAUGCAAAACCUUUGCUUGGACUUCGCAACCCUUGGAGACCUCAAGAUCGUCGAACGGCCAGCUGUCUACACCCUCGCUCCUCAUGGGUUUCAGAGCAUCAAGGCCACCAUCAAGGUUUCAUCGACGGAAACUGGUGUAAUUUUUGGUAGCAUCCUCUGGGAAGGACCCAACAUGUCGGAGGCCUGCGUAAUCUUGAACGAUAUCCAUAUCGAUAUUAUGGACUACAUCAAGCCCGCGUACUGUAAUGAAGCUCAGUUCCGAAGUAUGUGGACCGAGUUUGAGUGGGAGAACCGCGUCAACGUCAACAACCCAAUGUCCGAUCCGCGCGAGUACCUCAAGCACGUCAUGAAGGCCACCAACAUGUCCUGCCUCACACCCGAAGGUGCCCUUUCGGGCGAAUGCGACUUCCUUUCUGCGAACAUGUAUGCCCGAAGUCUGUUCGGCGAGGACGCCCUGGCCAACCUCAGCGUCGAACGUACAGAAGCUGGCACCAUCACUGGCCACGUGCGCAUUCGCAGCAAAACGCAAGGCAUUGCUCUCUCGUUGGGUGACAAGAUUACAAUGGCCCAAAAGGAUAAUAAACCUCUGACGGUGUAG